CGCGUCCAAAGAAGUCGUGUUUGCGUUCGCCUUCUCAAGAACACGCGAAAUCCGGGUGCCAUUCAAAGCAUGAUUCGAUUGCUCAACACCUUUACAGAUCGCAAACCCCAACUCAGCCCAAAUGGCUGACAGUCCGCUGAACGACCUGAACUAUGGUCGACCCGGGCUCACAACCUAUGACCUCGAUACUCGCGGGUGGAAUACCUCCCGGGGUCCUACGACGAGCGUUCUGCAGCAAGUUUCAGAGUGGCAGCUUGCUUUACCUGCAGCAACAACUUCUAUAUCCACCGACACCUUGAAGAAUGCGACAACCAGCCGCAAGGAUGCCAGACGCCUCGCGCAUGACCAUCCACAGCUCGUGCCAGCUGCGAAAGACCUGCCGGAUCUCAGUACUCUAUCUCAAGCAGUGACAUCCGCGGCAAUGACCUACGAUCCUCAUAUCGGCGACUUACUGGCCUUCGGCACCGUCUUCUUGAAUAAGUCCUUCAGACCAAAACAGAUUGCUGCUCUGCCAACGGGACCUUCUAGAAGCAUAUUGCGCUUGGUCCCACUGGGUCAGCAAAGGAAUGGCUGGGAGGGCGACAGAUCAGUAUGGCUGCAAGGACCAUCCUUCACCUUUGUAGAUAGCGGCUACUGGAACGAGGAAGCGGCACCGAUACAGCAAGUCAUUUUUGGGCAGACGGAGACCAGUAAUAGCCUCCUUGCCGUUCGACUGCCUUCUAAAACAGUUCUCUUCCGCCCUUCGUACCACCGAGGCCGUCGCGCCGCCGAACCGUCACCUUACUACCACCUACCACCAUCGCUCCUCUCCGCACAACCAAUAAUCAGUAUCACAAUCGCUCAGACUGGAGGUGUUCCGCAUGCGGAUUUCGAUUUCAAUCCCAACUAUCAAUUUCAGUUCGGUAUCGUAGACGAACAGGGUGCAUGGAGUCUUUGGCAGAUCGCGAGGAGAGCUAAGAGAGACGAAUACAGCGUAUCGCGCUUGGUUGGAGGACACAUAAGUCCGGCCGAGGAGGAAGUUGCUGAUUCCGAGGAUGGCUGGGCGCGGAUACUAUGGGCCGGUGAUAGCAAUACACUCCUAGUGUGCAGUCGCCGGCAGCUCAGUCUGGUCAAUGUGACUGGAGAGACCUUCGAAUACCUUCCGGCUCCGCCAGUCAUAUCUCAACGCUCGAGUGAAUGGAUUCUCGACUUGAAGAGGCACCCUCAACAGCAGGAGUGCUUCUUCAUUUUGACGUCGACGAGGCUCUUUCUGAUGUCAGUGACUACUUCCAGCAGUGCGGCGGAUAGCUCGUCUGGCCAAGCCGGCGCGACCAUUCUGCUGUCUCGGAGGCAUUACCGUGGAGACGAGGAUCUCACUCUGCAGAUGCACCCCCAGAUCUUCGAAGAGCAAACGGCCUUGUUCGUAAAGUCCCGCUUGAACAAGUUGGUCCAACUCUACUAUUUCCAAGAUCGUUCUUCGAGUCAGGCUGAAUGCAUUUCAACUACAGACCCAGUCAGUGUGGAUCUCGACUUGCCGGGCGCCGCGUACAUAAUGCAAAUGCAUCUGCAGCCUCUUGAGUACGGAAGCAAAGAAGCGCUGCCGCACAAGAGACUGAAUACCUCCGCGCAGUUGUAUCACGAAAGAGCAAUCCCAUUUCAUCAACUUACAGUGCUCACUGCAGAUCUGGGGGUCCACCAGAUUGUAUUGCUGUCUGCCAAGCACGACCCUGCUCCCGAGCGGCUGGCCUGGCGGAAGAUGAUGGCACCGCAUUCGCUCGAUGCCAGGAGCGAUGUUGAUGAGAUGGAUGGCUUCAUAGAGCCCAAUGGUCCUAAUUGGGAAAUCGAACCUGGGCCAAAGCUAAGAGCUCAGGUACCGCGGCUGCUUUCCGAUCGAGAUCUCACACACGCAACAGCGGACCGUACCGAAUUAUAUGAGAGCCUCCUCCACAGUGAGCAGGCCGGGAGCACAUCUAUUGAAGACGUCAUCCAGCAAUUGCAGGAGACCAUGGGCGUCCAGGCGCUCAAAUUCGAAACAAAUGUGAUGGAGACUUUAGACACCAUCGAUGUUCCAGAUAUUGAUGAGGCAUCAGCGAAGGUCCAGCAGCUGUUCGAAUCACAGAGCAUAAAUGUGCUUCGACCAAUCGCAUCUCAGCAGGUCCUACGUCUUCCUGGAGCUGAGCAGACUUCUAUUACAAAUCUCUACGAUACCGUGCUCAAAGACUGGGUUGCGCCAUUGACGGCACAAAUUCCUGUCUCGGUGCGUCAAGCAAAAGAACGUCUCGCGCGACGUGUCGCUACCGAAGUCAUUUUAGCAAGUACGCAGUUGCGUCCAAGUGAGGAAGAGCAGAGUAUCCCAAGCUCGAGUGGCCCGGCAUCUUUGCCUGUGCUGCCUUCUGAGUCAUUGGAUGCGAUAUCAUCAUCACUCCCGACACCUCCCCAGUCUUCCAUACCACCAUCUUCACCACUGUUCCCGGAGAGCUCCCGGCCUCGCAGGGGCGAUCCCCUGUCGCGCCUCCGUAAACAUCUUGUGAUCGAUGACGUUUCAAAUACGACGCUGAUAGGCCUCCCACCGAGUGUAUCAGACCUCUUGUUACAUUGGCAGCCUGGGAAUGAUCCCAGUACCUAUAAUUGGGAGUCUACAGAACGUGCAAUACGACCAGAAGUAGCUGAUGAAGAGACACAAGAACUAUUGGAGAAGGAACGCAAGAAGAGGGAACGAAGAGACAAGCGGCAGAGGCGCGAAGAUGAGCUAUUGCGUGCUAAGACUCAAACAAGCCGCCAGCCUCUGUUCUCGCAGCCUGUAUUUCCACGAAGCUCGCCUGGCCCUUUCGUUGGCGGUAUGACAGCCAGCAGCCAGGUGCCUGUGCCCACGUCGAGCCAGAUGCCGAUUCAAAUUUACGAUCAGGGAGGCGGCUUUGGAGGCCUUGGUGGAUUUGGGGGUAUGAGCGGCAUGGUGCCACAAAGUCAGGUGGAGCCUGGAAAAUUCGGUGGACGACCUGACAAGAAGAAGAAAAAGAGUAAGAGCAGAGUCAGCGGUUUCUAAGGUCUCUACAGCUUCGCACCAUUCAGGCAAAGUGGCCUCUUACCUCAGUCUGGCCAUACGAUUCUCAACUUGUUCUUUCUUUCUCUUAUAUGAGCUCCAUAAUUCCAUCAUACACUUCUCAACAUGCUCUUCUUCUCUCACCUGAGCUCCACUGUUCCUUCACCUCUGUUAUUUUAAUGAAACGUAUAUAGAUUCACG